UGCACGGCGGCACAGACAGACGCGCAUUCCGAUAAGGGAGAGUGAUGUGUGACUGGUUGCAGCAGGGGGAAGUGUUGGUGGGGGAGGGUCACGGUGAGGAAACCCUUCAUAGCCCGAGGCCUGGGAGAAGCAGGGGGCCGACGGUGUCUCCUGGCCUCAGGGAUGGGGUUCCAGAGCUAGACACGGCACAGCAGGCCAGGGAGCUGUUCCUACUCUGCGAUAAGGAGGAGAAGGGCUUCAUCACCAAGAGGGACAUGCAGCGGUUACAGGGGGAGCUUCCUCUUUCUCCAGAGCAGCUGGAGUCAGUGUUUGAAAGUCUGGACAGAGACAGAAAUGGUUUCCUGACUCUCUUGGAGUUCAACAUGGGCCUGGGAGAGAUUGCAGGGGUAGAAAAGGUUGAGGAGGAGGGGGAUGGAGAGGUGCAUGUGGACAGAGCUGACCCAGAGGCGGAGAGAUUCAUGCAGAUCCUGUUGGAGCUUGGAGCUGAAAAAAUCUUCAAGGAUCAGUGGGAGUUGCGUGCCCUGUGGUGCAGUCUGCAGCGAGAACAUCCAGAGUUGCUGCACGUUCUGGAAGAGCUGCUGUCCCAAACCGUGUCACACUUGCAGGACACGCUGAGGGAGAAGGACAGUCUGGAGCAGGCUUUGCACAGACGGGAGAAUGAUCACGACCAGGUGAUGCAGUCCAUAUAUGAGGAGAUGGAGAGUCAAAUUAGGGAGGAGAGAGAGAAAAGACUAGCUCAGGACAGUAUUCAACAGAAUGACAGAAGUCAUGAGCUACAGAAAGAGCUGAAAUUGAGGGAACAGGAGCUGGAGAGCAUGGUAGCCAAGCAAAGAGAGCUGGAGAUCAAGAUCCAAGCAAUGGGCAUAGAGCUGGCUGAAACACACAGCCAGAACCAGCGCCUGCAGAUGCACAACCUGCUGCUGCAGGAGCAGCUGGCGAGUAGUCGAGCAGAACUGCAGAAUGCUUUAACCCAGCUCAGCCAGAUCCAGAGCAGCACCGCACAAGAGCAGAGGAGCCGUGAAAGGGAUGUACUGGUCGUGUCCAAGAACAUGCAGAAGGAGAAGGAGAGCCUACUCAGACAGCUGGAACUGCUUCGGGAGAUGAACAAAAAAUUGCGAGAUGAGAAAGACGCCUACCAAUCUCAGAAGAGGGUUAGUUACAGACGCUCAUUCCUGACUCCUCCACCAUUCCCACAAUGCCAUUGUGUGCAUGCUCACUCUUUAUGGACACACCCCUUUUAUCCAUACUAGACCCUCUAACCUCUGGACUAACCCUUA